AAUCUAUUGCAAUCAUUGAUCCUUAAUAUUGUGUUUUCCUGGAGCAAAAAAAAGAAAAGAUUUCUAUAGCUUAGACAUGCUCAACAAAUAAGUUUUUUUUUUUUUUGUUCCCCACAAGUUGACUGCACCAGAAUUUAGCUACAGGAUGUUUUUGGGCAGCUGUGGCUUAUGAAACCUUUGCCUCAAAUGAAUGAGUAAGGAUAAUAUAGGCAUAUGGGUAAUACCAUACAGCAUCAUAUAUUCUUUUUCAAUUUUUGGAAUCUUUGGCAUGGCCUUAACCUGACUACCUUGGCCGGGAAAGUUGCAUCUCAUGGGAGAGUUCUUUCUCUGGGAGAAGAGGAUAAAUAAGAGAGGAAAAUGGCCUACUUUUUGUCAUUCAAUCUCUUUUUUUGAACCUUUUCCCACUUCAAAAGAGAAAAAACUCUUCUGCAACCUACUGGUUGGUAUAUGGUUAUGAUUGCUAGCCUCUCCUUAUUAUUAUUUAUAAAAUGUAAAUGAAAAAUGAAAAAAAAAUACCUUUUUCUUUUUUUUCUUUUUGUCAAAUAAUGAGUAACCGUCUUGAGGAAAUAAGUAAUUUAUCCGAUGCGAGUGACCAUGAAGAGGAUUGGCAAGAUGCCGAAACUGAGCAACAGCAACAGCCAACGGAACAAGUGAAAGAAAGGAAGGUAGAGAUUGAUGAAAGUAGUCUUCGAAAAAAGAUUAAAGAGAUUCAAGAAGAUUCUAGUCUUAGUCCCAAAGACAAAGCCAAACGCAUCCAGAAUUUGAUGUCUCAUGGGACAACUGAGCCUUCAUCGAAUGAACAAUUGCAAAACGAGAUUUACAGUAAAAGUUAUCAUAAGGAACAAGAAAACAUCUUGGGAUGUAAGCACUAUCAACGCAACUGCAAGCUGCAAGCCAACUGCUGUGAAAGGAUAUACACGUGCCGUUUCUGUCAUGACGAUGUUGAAGGACACAACAUUGUGAGACAUGAGACCAAGAAUAUGCUAUGUAUGCUCUGCUUGCAUCUUCAACCAGCAGCUCAGCAUUGCAGACAGUGUCAUCAACAGAUGGCUCGAUACUAUUGUGACAAGUGCAAGUUGUGGGAUAAUGAUCCGCGAAAGGCUAUCUAUCACUGUGAUGACUGUGGUAUCUGUAGACAAGGUAAACAAGAGGAUUUCUUUCAUUGCAAAAAGUGCAAUAUAUGCAUGGUUAAGUCUAUGACGGACCAUAAAUGCAUCGAAAGGAAUUUAGAAUGUGAUUGUCCUAUCUGUGGUGAAUACAUGUUUACGAGUACGACCACUGUGAUCUUUAUGCCAUGCGGACAUUGCAUCCAUAAACACUGUUAUACAGCCUACAUCCAAACCUCGUACCAGUGUCCUACCUGCUUAAAGUCGUUAGGUGACAUGUCAGAGUACUUUGAACGGCUCGAUAAGGAUCUCGAACGACAACCGAUGCCUCCCGAGUACGACAAGUAUAUCUCUCAUAUCUUUUGUAAUGACUGCGAAAAGAAAACGCCGGCCAAAUAUCACUUCUUUUAUCACAAGUGUGGUCACUGUGGUAGUUUCAACACGACUGUCCUUAAAACGGAAAAUACAGAAGAAACAGCCAGAGGAGAGUCGUCCAAUGAACAACAGCCGUUGGAACAAGCUAUGCAGAGACCAGGAAUGAAUCAUGAUCGAAAUACCAUGGCGGGACCAAGUUCUUCAAGAACAAAUAAUCCUGAUUCAAAUGAAGGCUAA